GCCGUAAUCUGUGUAAUACCAGAUAUGCACCUUGUCAUCAUCAUUCUACAUCUACCUAGGUAGUACCUAACUCUGAUACUUCAAUUUGAAGCUACCGGGGUACGUAAUUAACCCAUACUGAUUUCUACACUAAAUCCACAUUCCACAUACUAUCUUAUUAGUAUCUUGAAUCAUACAUGAAAAAAAUUCAGGAGGGUAUCUAAGACAUGGGGAAACCCAAGGGAUCUGGCAGCGUGCCAAACCGGCCAGUCUAUUCUCGAAUCUCAUACUUAUACCAAGCUGCAACAUAUCUAGCCAGCCAGUCUAAAGGUACCACGAACGAUAAAGAUAUCACACAAGAUAAACAAGCACUGGGCUCAAGCCGGUCUGAGCAUGGUCUCUCACGCCGCUUCAUUACCGAUCUCAGAUCUACCUCCUUAAAGAGUCAAAUACGUCUAUCUCCGUCCAUGAAGCACACCAUUUGCAAAUUUUGCGAUAGUCUACUUAUCGAAGGAGAAACCAGCAGCUCAUCGCUUGAGAAUAGGAGUAAAGGUGGCAAGAAGCCGUGGGCAGAAACUCUUGUCGUUAGCUGCCACGCCUGCGGAGGAGUCAAGCGGUUCCCCCUUCAAGCACCUCGCCAGAAACGGCAAACCUGUCGUGCGGCAAACUCGAGAAAGGAAAAGGAGAAGGAGAAGGACCAAGACUUAGAAGCCAUAGAAGAAUCACGAGUAGUGGUUUAAUACUGCGGGUUCUCUCUCUAGGGCAGAACUGUAUGCAGUCAUCAGUUCAGUCCACGUUGAAACACAGUUGCCAUGACGGAGCCUAAGCCAUUCGACCAGUCAUACACCAUCAAAUAAAUUAGUGGUCAAGUAAGGCACCGUGG